AGCCAUCCUUGAGAACUGGAAGUGCUAGUUUCCUGGAUGCGCUAGUAGUUGUUUCAGGGAACUGAUUUCAGGUAUUGUAAGAGCUUAUCUUACUGUCGUUCCCCUUGGGUUGAAAUUCUAGCCGAGUCGACUAAUCCAGUCUUACUCAUUUUGUAUUUCAGCUUCCUUCCGUCCUCUCCAGCUCAUCCUGCGAGUCUCAAUAGAGGAAUAUAUGCGUUUGUCAGCUGACAGCUAGAUAGGCUGCUGCUCCGAGCUGAACAGUCAUAUCGAUCAGCCGUUAAUUGGCCUCGAAUAAAAAGUAAAUUCGAAGUCGUCGGAUAAAACCAGGGUAGCUGGGUGGCUAGGCCACCACUAGUCCACGAUGAGGUUCUCAUCGCAUCGCGAAUGUUACACGCUCUUCGCAGCGCUCGCAGUCGUCGCAUGCCUAUUGGCUACCGGCGUGCCGUCAGCUGAAGCGUACGAUCCGUUAGAUCCGACGGGCAACAUCACGAUCGUGUGGGACGUAACGAGCUGGGCCGGCGAUGGCUACAUCGCGUGGGUUAAGAUGUACAAUUACCAGCACUACCGCAAGAUCGAUCCCCCCGGCUGGGCGCUGACGUGGAAUUGGACCCAUGGAGAAUACAUUUGGGAUCUUCAGGGAGCCGUGGCCACCAAGCAAGGCGACUGCUCCAAGCUGCAAUUUCCAGGCGGAAAGAUCCCCCAUAGCUGCAUGCAGUACCCGGUGGUGAUGGACCUGUUGCCCGCGGAUCCCCUCAAGCCUGAUGAGCCCCCCGUGUUCAAGAACUGCUGCAAGGGCGGCUAUCUCGGGGCCAACAAGACCGACCCCUCGCACUCGCUCGCCGCCUUCCAGAUCAACGUGGGCAAUGCGACCAGCACGGUUUGGAACUUCGUCCCGCCCGGCAAUUUCAGUCUGGGAGUAGACGGCUACAAGUGCACGGACCCCUUCCAGGUCAAUUCUACCAUCUACACGGACCCCAAGACGCGGCGGGAAACCCAGGCGCAAGUGACCUUCCACAUCGUGUGCACGUACAGCUCCAUACAGAAGCGGGACCCGCCCAAGUGCUGCGUGUCGUUAUCCUCGUUUUACAACGACACGAUAAUACCGUGUGCGAGCUGCGCGUGCGCGUGUGGGAACUAUUCCGCGAGCUCGAUCGUGUGCACGCCCACUGGGGAGAAGGUGCCGUUUCUGAUGUCGACGCCCUCUGGGGACGGGCUGGAGCUGCGCAGUGAGCCGACUGCCAUGGAGUGCAGCCCGGACGGCUGCCCUAUUAGUAUCCACUACCACUUCAAGCAAAACUAUGAGGGGUUUUGGAGGUCCAAGAUCACCAUCAUUAAUAGGAGCCUGUGGGACAACCACACCAACUGGAACAUCGUUGUAGAGCAUCCCAACAUGGGCAAUCUGACGGAUGUCUUUAGUUGGAAGGCGGAGAACAUCAUGCCGUACGGCGUGAACAACACGGCCAUCUUCUGGGGCAUGAAGCAGUACAAUGAUGUGCUCAUGCCAGCUGGCAAGGGCGGCAACGUGCAGUCGGAGAUGCUCUUUGCAAAGACGUCUGAGUUCACCCUUGAUGACGGAUGGGUCUUCCCUAGGAAAAUUGUGUUCAAUGGCGAGGAGUGUGUGAUGCCCGAGGAUAUUCCUGCAUUACCAGUGAAGCCUGCUCAAAGAAAAUCCACCUUGUUGGCUGCUGCUUUUGCUGGAGCUGCCGGUUUCUUAGCCUCCCUCAUGCUCCUUGCAUAGCCUAGUUACUACUUGUCAUCGAUAGGUUGUGGGUAGGUGAAGCCUCUUUGGUCAAGCUCUAAAGGCGCAUGAAUGGACCUCGUUAGUUUGUGUGCUGCAAAACAUGUAGGCGCGGGUUACUUGCAUGUAUGGUUCGUUCCGAUUUCGAUUAGUGCAUCCUAUAAUCUGGUCCAUAUGGA